UGGCGGUUAAGUCCGGCUGCUCAUCUGUUAGUAAACGGUGUGUGUAGGACAUUUACUCCACGUAGUUGUUAAAUAAUUAGGAGAAACGGUUUUCCAGUAUCAAAAACCUGCAGUAUAUUAAGGAAACUACCAAUAGUCAUUAAUUUGCUGUGAUUUAAAUCGUUAUCGCGGGAUGUUACCAAACAUUAGCCCUUCUGUAAUAACGAGGGUUUCGAGGUAGCGUCGGGGCAAGUUACGCUUUAUUUUUGCUCCAAAUGUCACAGAAAGAAAAUGAAAAUGACAUCUGGGACUAUAAACCUCUUGGGAAGAAGAAGAAGAGACGUGAACCACCGCCUGAAACCGCCGCCACUAAAAGAAGAUGCACGCUCAGGAAAUCCUCCAAAAAGGACGUAUCUUCUCUCUCACUCAAGCCACAAGACAGGAAUACAAAAGCCAAAGCAGCAGAAAGUGGAGACAGUGCUACAGCUGGUAAAACAGACGGUUAUAACAGCUUAGGUGCACAGGAGUUAACCUCAAACAUAUCUCCUACAAGAGAAGCAAAUCAGAGUGACAGCGUUGCAGCUGUGGGCCCAUCCUCUGAAGACUUCUGUCCCAUCUGUCAGAUGCCAUUCUUUAUUUUGGUUGUACAGUCCCACAGAUGGCACGUGGCUGAGUGUCUUGACGCCCCCAGAGAUACAUGCGAAGAAUGUCCAGAUGGCCUUCAGUGCUCCUCCACCAUUCCAAACCAUUACAAGAAAUUCAACCACACUCUUCUGGCCCACAGUCGAGCCAACAGCGACACAGCCCUCCUCAGUCUGUCCCAGCAGGCUGAGGCCAGCUGCAGUUCCUUUCCAGGACUGAUCAAAAAUGAGGGGUCUAUUUUAGAGACUUCACAGGAAAGUGCUCUCACUCCUUCUGCCUUAUCAGCAUCGCCUCAUCAACAUCACAAUGGAACACCUCAGUCUAAGCGUACAAAUGGCCUUCUGCUCCUGCGUUCUCCUGGCCCAGAGGAUUUUAAGAAAAAGAAAGGCUGGUCGUCGUCUACUAAAAGCCAAAACUCCAUCACUGCUUCCCAAGAAAGUUUUAAAGAGGAUUUAUCCAUUCCUGACAAGGAAGACAGUGGAGAGCAGGCUAGUGAAGAUUUAUGCAAAAGUAAAGAUUCUUCUGAAAAUGAUGACAUGAUAUCCUUCUCUCCUCUCUCUGAGUUCCCCACAGAGACUGAAGUCAAUGAAUGUAGAAAAGCUCUUUUUAGCAAUGAUGCAAUCCAAAACGAGGAUGAAGACUCGAUGACGCUGUUCAGUGACAGCUUCUCGAGUGAAGAUGAGCUCCUCACUGAAUUUAUAAACAGUAAUUCAGAAGGCAGUAAUGUGCCAGGAAACAACCCGUCUUCCACAAACACCCAGCUGGGUUCAGUUUCCUCAUUAGCACCCACUAAUCAGUUAGCUGCUGCUACAGUUGCUACAAACAGAGCUGCUUCCACAGGUGGAAAAGAAGCUCCUGAAAUCAGUAAGCCUAGUAUUCAGUCCCCACAGAGUAUUGUUUUAGAGCGCCUGAGAGACACUCUUCUGAGCUCAGAUAACUCGCACCCCCAAAACUUAAACGACGGUCGUAUUCAAACAGAGCAAAGAUCUUCUCUUCAAGUGCCUUCAUCUCCUAGCUCCAUUGUCCAAAGAUCUCAAACCAUGCCCCCUCAGAAGGGUCAGAGCAAAGCCGGUCAGGUCUCUGGUCUCAAACAAACUGACAUUGGGGUGUUUUUUGGCCUCACACCACUGAAGGAAAAGAAGAAAGAGGCUGAGAGUGGACCAAAUGACCUCAACACUGCCUCCAUUUCAACAGCUGGGAAGAGCUCAGGUCAGAGAAGACAGAGAAAAGACAGGCAGAGAAAAAAUAAAGUGGACACAGCAGCAGAUAUGACACAGGCAACAGAAACUGUUGACAGUUUAGUGCAGGGAGAAGCUGAGAGAGGUGGGACCAGAUUUAGGAGAAGAAGAUGGAACAGAGGCAAUGCUGAUGGAGAAGUAGAGCUGCCACGUUGUCCAUUCUACAAGAAAAUUCCAGGCACAAAGUUCGCCAUUGAUGCCUUUAGAUAUGGGGAGAUAGAGGGCAUCACUGCCUACUUCCUAACACACUUCCACUCAGACCACUACGGAGGCUUGACCAAGACUUCCACUCUUCCCAUCUACUGCAACAGAAUUACAGGCAAUCUGGUGAAGAGCAAACUGAGGGUGGAGGAGCAGUACGUCCACAUCCUCCCCAUGAACACCGAGGUCACUGUGGAGGGAGUCCGGGUCAUUCUCCUAGACGCGAACCAUUGUCCGGGUGCUGCCAUGCUGCUGUUCUUCCUGCCAGAUGGACAGACAGUCCUCCACACUGGAGACUUCAGAGCUGACCCCUCAAUGGAGACCUACCCCGAGCUACUUAGCUCCAGGGUGCAGACACUCUACUUAGACACCACCUACUGCAGCCCUGAGUACACCUUCCCCAGACAGCAGGAGGUCAUCAACUUUGCAGCCAGCACUGCAUUUGAAUUGGUGACACUCAACCCACGUACGCUUGUGGUGUGUGGAUCCUACUCAGUGGGCAAAGAGAAGGUCUUUUUGGCACUGGCAGAGGUUCUGGGAUCUAAAGUGUGCCUCUCUAGAGACAAGUACAACACCAUGUGCUGUCUGGAGUCGGAGCAAAUCAAAGCGCGUCUAACCACCAACUGGAAGGCAGCCCAGGUCCACGUGCUGCCCAUGAUGCAGCUCUCCUUCAAUAAACUGCAGGAUCACCUGGCACGCUUUUCUCAGCAGUAUGAUCAGCUGGUGGCCUUCAAGCCUACUGGCUGGACCUUCAGUCAGCAGGUAGACUCAGUAGAAGACAUUCAGCCUCAGAUAAGUGGCAACAUCUCCAUCUACGGUAUCCCCUAUAGCGAGCACAGCAGCUUUCUUGAGUUAAAGCGGUUUGUCCAGUGGCUCCAGCCCCUCAAGAUCAUUCCUACCGUCAACAAUGGCAGCUGGGCCAACAGGAGGGCUAUGGAGAAGUGUUUCAGUGAGUGGCUCACGGAAACGAAGAAUAAAUGGUAAUUUAUUGUCCAGUUUACAGCUGGUCUCAGUGAUCAAUUUGCUCCCUGCUGGUGGUGAGAGAGAAGCCAAGUAAUAUGAAAACACUGUGAAGUGGUGUAUGGACAGUGGGAACAAAAAUAUUUUAACGCUAUUUGGUUGAUUACUUUUCAUCACAUUUAUAUUUAAAUGGUAUCAAUACAAGACCUGAAUUUAACUCUGGAAGCUGUUUUUUAUAUGAUCGUGACAUCAUUCAUGGUGUAUUUGCAGUAGGACCAGAGUCAUCCACAUAUAUGGUUUUCCAAGUCAUUCAUUUGACCUACUGCAGGUGCUUUUCUGAAACUGCACUUUUUUAAUUUUGAUGUACAGUAUGAUCAGUGUUUUAUGCUGA